UCUGUUUAGAUGGAGAUAUAAUGUUGCAGUGUCGUAUACACCAGGUGCUGUUUGGAAUCUAUGUAGCCUCUGUUCUUCUACAUCUGGCUUUAAGUGAUUGCAUCUUUCCGGAAAAGAAACUUCCCAACGGUCGCAUCCGGUACCAGGCGCCCGGCGAUGUGAACCUCACUCGUGCCAAUGAAGGAUAUCUUCUACGCUUCAGAUGUAAUCGCGGACAUACGAGAGUUGGACCCAAAGCCAUUCUUUGCGCAGAUAACGAAUGGACGGAGCCGUUCCCACAAUGUCUUAAGAUGGAAUGUACAGAGCCACCAUCCAUCCCAAAUGGAUAUUAUACAUUGAAAACAGGAAUAGAUGACCGGAUAGUAAUCGGCUCAACAGCUACUUACUCAUGUGACGUAGGAUACGAGCUGGAGAACGAAACUGCAGAAGUUCUUACCUGUGAACUGGAUCUAACGACGAACAGCGUUCACUGGAGCAACCUGACUUUGAAAUGCAUAGAGAAGCAAUCUUGCCCUGAUCCUGGAGUAUCUGUCGACGGUGAAAGGGAAGGGGACUGUUGUUUCAUCAGAGAUGUGGUGAAGUAUUCUUGUAACGAAGGUUUUGAAUUGGUUGGAGUAGAUACUCUCGUCUGUUUGCCUGAUGGUAAAUGGACCGCACUGAGGCCACUCUGUCGUCCUUUGGACGAUCACUGCGACUUGCCUCCUUUCAUUGCCCAUGGAGCAGUCGUAGGAGAGAAAGAGGGAGAUUUCUACUUACCAGAUGAUGAAGUGGAAAUUAUGUGUGAACCAGGAUUCAAAUAUCAGGGUUCUGAAGAGUUCAACUUGUGCCAGGAAGACAUUGGAUGGGAAUUUGAUUUUGCUGAAUGUGAAGAGUUCUUUUGUGACCCACCGGAACCACUUGGAAAUGGCUCUAUUCCGGAAGUAGAGUCCACCAAUAUUACAGCUUUCCCUUACAACUUCGACAUCACAUAUGUGUGCGAUAAAGGCUUUCGACUAAUUGGCGACAGCUGGAGGUUCUGCGACAAGAAUGGAUGGUCCAAAGAAACACCGCAUUGUGAAGAAAUCCGAUGUACUGAUCCAGGCGUACCGGACUAUGGCUAUCGACAUGGCAGCAAUUUUGAAAUUGGCAGCAAAGUCACCUUCAGUUGUUUCACAAGCUACAAACUCAUCGGAUCAUUCGAAAGAUAUUGUAUGCCCAACGGCCAAUGGAACGGAGAACUUGCCAGGUGUGACACCGAAGAUAACUAUUGUCCUGAUCCUGGCAUUCCUGUGAACGGAAUGAAGAACAGCAGUCGCUAUGAUAUGGGAAGUAAAAUUGGCUUCCAGUGUAAGCCUGGUUAUACUCUAAUGGGAUCGAAUGUUAUAGAAUGUUUUCCAAACAGAACCUGGUCAGGAACAGAAAUCAAAUGCGUAGGUCCCUAUGAAUAUGAUAACACUGCUCAAAUUGGUGAAAUUUUGAAGUUAAAAGUGAAGGAGAAUGCAGAAGAACAAAGACGAAAGUUAAGGGAAUACCGCCUUGCAGCUCGCAUCAUUUGGGAGAAUGGAACGGUAAUCGAUCCCAACGGAAACAUAGCUGAUGGCCCCAAGGAAAGAAUAGUUGAUCUGAACUAUCCAGGCAGACUCAUUCUGUAUUUUGUAUUUGAUGUGUCAGGUAGCAUCAAAGAACACAACUUCCGCAAAAGUAUAGAGUUCGCCAAGGCUAUUGUAAAGAAGGUUCGCAUAACUGAAAAUGGGGCAAGAGCUGGAGCUCUGACUUUUAGUUCUGACGCUGAAACAGCAUUUUUACCUGCUAACUACAAGACCACAGAAGACGUUCUCCAUGCUCUAGACGAAAUCAAAUAUACUGGCGGCGGAACAGCAACCAGCACGGCACUAACAGCCUUAAGAGAAAACUUAAUUCCUUCCACUCAAGCUGUUCUUGGUGUGAGAGGACAAAAAUCCAUUAUCUUCAUUCUUACAGAUGGUCGAGUGAAUAUGAAAGGCGAUCCCAAAGAAGCAGCUACAAUGCUGAAAGAGGCAGGCGUAGAGAUCUACACUAUAGGAAUUGCAAGCAAUAUACUACGAGAAUCUCUCGUCCAAAUCGCAUCCGAUCCAAAAAAAGAACAUGUUUUUAUUCUUCAGAACUAUGCUGUAUUCGACUGGUUAAUCCAAGAGAUUACGAAUGGGACGAUAGAUUAUUCUCGUUGUGGUUUGGGCCUCGAACAUCUUAGAGUAAUAAAUGGACAAGCAAAGAUUGCUGGUGGAAGAGAAGCCACUGAACCAUGGCCAUGGAUGGCUGCUCUAUAUAUUACACCGAGAUCUGGAGAACCGGAGGAAGCUGAUCUGAACUGCGGUGGAUCCAUCAUUCACAAACAUUACAUAUUGACAGCUGCUCAUUGCUUGUACUACAAGAAUGUAGAAGAAAGGAGAAAAGAAAGCCAAGUCACUGUUUAUUUAGGUAUCACGGAUGUUAACAACAAAACUUCUGCACAAGUGAUUGGUGUCAAGAAAUUUUAUAUUCACGAAAAAUACCGCAACGACAAAUCUUUUGAUUAUGAUAUUGCUCUUCUGAAGUUAAAGAGACCCAUGGAAUACAACGCUUUUGUCAGACCUAUUUGUUUGCCAUCUGCACAUUUACCCCCGAACAGCCCGCUAUACAAGCCUAAUGAACUCGCCCUCGCUGCAGGCUGGGGUCAAGAAGGCAACCCAGCUAAUGGAGAAAAGCCGACCUUUAAAGCGAGGGAACACCUGAAAGAAGUCAUCCUUACCCUGCAAUCAAGAGAAAACUGCUUGGACUUUAUAAAGAAGAAGAAAAAAGGAAGAUUUUCGGAAAGAAUGCUAUGUGCUGGUGGAGAUGGUAAUGACACAUGCCAAGGUGAUAGUGGAGGCCCUCUGAUGCAGUCACAACAAGAUGCAGAUGGAAACGUCUACUGGACACAAGUCGGGAUCACUAGCUGGGGUUUCCGUUGCGGUGUCUUAAAUACUUAUGGAUUUUACAGUCAUGUACAGAACCUGGUUUCAUGGAUAACUGGCACGAUCACAAACACGAUAAAUGAAUAAAUAAAAAAUCAAAUUUUUAAAUGAAUUCAAACUUUUAUGUAUGUUGGUAAGAGAGACAGAAUCUUACUUAUGUAUAUAUACUUUUAUUAAAAAAAUGUGUACUUUUAAUCAAGCACUGUUAGACUGAUUAUGCAAGAUUUUGUAGACCCAGCUGUAGAGAAUACUUCUCAUUCCAGCAAUAUUAACUAUCAAAACAAAAACAUGUUUACAAUUGCAUCUGCUCCUGAACUCAGAUGAUAAAAAAUAAAAUGAUUUACAGCAACUUUUUU